UGCCUUUGAAAAAAAUAAAAGGCCAUAAGUUAGUUUGGUAGGACUUUUGGGCCUUUUGAAAUAUUAGUCAACUAGUUCAAGUGUAUGAGAGGAUAGAAUCGCGUGCUAGAAAAUGAUACAUUGAUUAGUUAAAUAAAGUGUUGAUUUCAAUUUUAUUCUUGAGAAUCUUGUCUCGAAGCUUCAUGGGUGGAAAUUAAAAAUUCUGUCAAAAGCCGGUCAUGCUACGUUAAUUAAGUCAGCUGGACUUGCUUUGUCGAUAUACACAAUGCAAACUACCAUGCUUUCUAAAAAGCUGGCCUAAAAAAUUGAUGGUAUGAUUAGGGAUUUUUGGUGGACUCCAAAUAAGGUAACCGAGGUAUUUCUUGAAGGCGUGGGACCGUUUAUGCCUUCCGAAGUCCAGGGGCGACCUCAGUUUUCGUAAGUCCCUGGAGAUGAACCAUGCUUUGCUAGCGAAGUGGGGUUGGGCCCUCCUUAAUGAUGAGCAAUCGUUGUGUUGUAGAGUGUUGAAAGCCAAAUAUCUCAAAGGGAAACCUUUCUUGGAGGGUUCUUAUAAAAGUUCGGACUCUUAGUUCUGGAAGAAUGUGGUGAAAUCUAAAGACAUCAUGUUGAAAGGAGCGUGCAAAUUUAUCUCGGAUGGAUGACUGGGAUAUUCCCAAGCUCCAGACUCUUUUUGACUUGGGAACUGUUCGCGACAUCAUUAAAGGAGGAAAUCCUAGUGGGGUGGGAAGUGACAAAUGGGUUUGGACAAAGGAGCGGAAUGGGCUAUUCUCUACAAAGUCUGCUUAUUUAGUCCAAGCCAUGGAGAGGGCCCCUACCUGUGUAGUUGUGCCAGGCCUGUGGAAUAAACUUUGGAACUCUAAAGUUAUGGAGAGACAUAAGGUUCUCUGGUGGAGCAAUAUUUUGUCUGAUGCUCUGCUUGUCCGUGGCCUCCUGGCUAAAAGAAUUAUCAUCAAGGAGGUGUCAUGCCCUUUAUUCCCAUAUGUUGUAAUUUUGCAGCUCACAAUGUUGCUAGAUGGGCUUUUGCACUGAAUAUUUCAGGUAUAGUGGACCCCUCUUGUAUACCUAAAAUUAUUCUUUGCAAUGACCGAGAGGUCUAAUUUUUCAUUAUCAAUGAACACUUUAUUUUCAAAAAAAAAAUUAGUUAAAUAAAGUAGAAUUUAUAGAUUUUAAAAUUUUAUUUGAUAAAUAUGAUAUUUGUGGUAUAGUUCUUUCAAAUGAAAGAUCUCCAAAAGUUGUUAUGUUUAUAGAAAGUUAGAUGAUAUUCUGAAGGACGUUCCUGAAAGUCUAACUUGACCAUCUAGAAGAAGUUUUGUGGAAUGAUAGAUAUAAUUCGGAAGGGCAUUCUCAGAUGCUUAUCAUGUCCACCUGGAAGGAGUCUUCAAGAAUAGUCUUUCACUGGAAAGGAGUUCCAGAUGGCUAACUGUACUCUCUUGGAAGGGAGUCCUAGAUAAUCGAGUCCAACUAUCUCUAUUCCUAUCCAGGAAGAUCCUUCAGCGUGUUCUUCAGUUCAUAGUCUCAGAAUUGGUUGCUUCAUUCGGGAGAACUAUAACUUAAGCUAACGUGGAGAUUCUUCUAUGAUGAGUUUGUUAAGUUUGUUAAGUCGUAACAAACUUAACAACUUAGCACUUAUAGCCACUGGCACUUAUCAUUUUGAGUAAGAACGAAAUCAGACGAGUUUUGAGAGGUGAUCUUGAGAGAGAAAGACUGAGAGGUAGAGAGAAAGUGGUAUAGAGAAAAGAGAGAUAUUGAGAUUGGAUUUUGUAUGAAGAAUCUUCUGUAGAUAAAGAAGAUUCUUGGGUAAGAGUGUGAGAGAUAAACUGUUUACCGAGUUUUUCGGAAACCGAAUAUAUUUUGUGCUUAAAGAACGUUAAAGAUAAUAAAUAAUAAAUAGCCGUAUUUUUUACGAGGUUUAGGCGUUAAAGAUCCUUAGUCCACGAGUCUAUAGUAUUAGCCUCUCAAGGAAAAUAUUUAUGAGAUUACAAAAUACCACUUUUGCACUUUCAAUCAUUUAUCUAUUUUUCACAAAUACCACUUUUGCACUUUCAAUCGUAUAAAUGCCAAAAUUAUUUAUUUAAUAAUUAAAAUUAAUUAUCAAAUAAAAUUGUCAUUUAUAUUAUUUAUUAAUUAGACUCCAUAAAGUCUCUUAAUUAACAAAUAAACCCUAAAAUUUUAUUUCUUCACAAUCAAGCCAUAUCUUAGUGAAAAUUCAUAAACUAGACAUAGUCUAACUUUAGAAUUAUAAUUGAUUAAUUAAAAUCAAUUAACUGAGUCUUACAAGCAGUUUGUCUCAACUAGUAUGGGGACCAUGUGCCUAUAUAACCGAGCUUCCAAUAAGCAGAUCUAGAAUUUACCAAGUAAAUUCUCUAACUUAUUAAUUCCUCCUUGCACCACUAUAUAUUUGGAAUUGCACUCUCAAUUAUAUAAAACGCUCUAUAUGUUCCACGAUAUAGAUACGCUAUGAGAUUAUCCAUUUUCUAUUAUCUCAAUAAUUAAUGAUCCUCUAUAGAUGAUUUACAUUGAGUAGGGAUUAGUUUACCGUUACACCCUUCAAUGUAUCUUAUCCUUAAAAUACUUAGCUACCUAUAAAUGAUAUUCCA